AUGGACAACAAAUUGAUUUGGUUGCUUCCCGCAAUUGGAUUGGUGGUUGCACUUCAACCAUCUUAUAUACACCCUGAUGAGCAUUUCCAGACUUUGGAGAUGCUCAUGAUAAAAUUCUACGGAAUAAGCGGAACUGUGCCAUGGGAGUUUGAGCCAACAAAUAACGCAAGAAGUUACUUCCCACUAUAUGCAUUUUAUGGUCCAUUGUUUUACCUUAUGCGAGAUAUACUGAAAGUACAAAACCCCUUGAACAUUCUCCGAAUCAUAAGAUUUUACAAUUUUAUGUUGUAUUUAUCAGUACUAUAUUAUGCUCUCCCAAAGCUGGUAAACGAAAACAAACUACAAAAUAAAGGUCGAGUAAAUGAAGCACUAGUCUUUAUCCUAUCCUCUUACAUAACAUGGUGUUACCAGUGCCAUUCAUUUUCAAAUUCAUUAGAGACAAUAUUAUUACUUCUGGUACUCUCAAAUUACACAGAUAUACUAUCGAAUAAGGCUGGGUUACUGCAGUUGGUGUCAACUGGGUUCUUGAUUUCAGUAGGGACUUUCACUAGAAUUUCAUUUCCAGCUUUCUUACUACUUCCAUCCAUUCAAGUGUUUCUAAAGGUGCUUUACCGAAAGUGGAUACAAAUGGUAGUUAUUGCUGUUUCCAUGACUUUAUCAACUUCAAUUAUAGUUUAUUUUGACACUUUCAUGUACGAAUCUGAUGAAAUAAUAAUAGCCCCUUUAAAGAAUGUGGUAUAUAAUCUGAAUGUGGACAACUUGGCAAAACAUGGCCUGCAUCCAAGAUACACUCACUUGCUGGUAAAUAUACCACUUAUAUUAGGCCCUGGCCUUUUAAUGAUAAGAAAUACCAAGAACGAUUUUCUAAACUUACCGCUGUUGAGUAUAAUUUCAUCUUUAUUCUUUCUAUCUGCCCUUAGACACCAGGAACUAAGAUUCUUGCUACCAGUAGUUCCAUUAUUUUCUACAUUACUAACACGAUUUAGAUACAGACCAUAUUUAUUUAGGAUAUGGUUGGUAUUCAAUGCAGCGAUGUGCAUAAUAAUGGGUAUAUUCCACCAAGGAGGAGUGAUACCAAUGAUAUCCAAUAUUAACGCUGAACAGGACUUAACUAUCGACAUAUGGUGGAAAACGUACUCGCCUCCAACCUGGUUGUACAACAAUGAUAUACUGACAGUAUCAACCACUUCUAUUGUUAACAAUAUUGAAAACUUGGAUCUAGUUCAAUUCAACGUCAAAACGAACCAUGUUGUUGAUCUGAAAGGUUGUGAUUUUGAUCUUGUAUUGGAAGCAAUUCAAAACUUUAGGAUAAAUGGUGUAAAAAGCCUUCGGUUGAUAGUACCAAAUUCAAUGACUUCUAAUGUCGCUGCGUUAAACCAAACGUAUCUUGUAACAAAAGAGAAUUCAGUAUUUCCACAUCUUGAUUUAGAUCAUUUGGAUAGUGGAAUUCAGAACAUUAUCGGCUUGUCUGAAUACAAGGUAUCACUCUGA